CCUCGCGACUUAGCGCCCCUCCCUUGCCGUCCAGAGGAAGCGUGCGGGGUUCGAUGGCUGAUUCGCUCGUCUAUUGGCUUCGUAUCGUGUCGCGCAUGGCAGGGAAACGUGGAAUUCGGCCGGAGAAACGUGGAGAGGAGAACGAAUGGACAAGUUUGGGGACUACAACUUUUGGGAAGCCUGACGGCGGUCAACACGGAGGAGGGGACGUGCAUCCGCCAAGCCCGCCAUGUGUGGACCUCUCCAGACGCCUGCUCCGCACCACCACCAGCGAACCUCCAACAUCGUGAGACCCUGAACCCUGGUCAAAGCAACAACAGAGCAAAAUUCGGCAUCGGUACCACGCGUCCACCAAGUCAAAUCACCAUGUCCGCGACCCCUCCACCUCCCCCGCAGUGGGUGCUUGACCUCAAUUCGACGCCCGCAUCCAAGCCGAAGAACGCAUCGCUCGCGGACCCGCCAGGCUACACACCAUCUCUGUCCAGGAAGGAGCGUUCCCAGGCAUCAAAGACUCAGAGGCAACCCCCAACACCAGAAGAGAUGGACACACUCAAGAUGAAGAAGGCUUGGGAAGUCGCCAUCGCGCCUGCGAAGCAACUGCCUAUGAAUGCUUUUGGAAUGUAUAUGACUGGAAACACGCUACAAAUCUUCUCUGUCUUCAUGGUCUUUACGCUGUUCAAAACCCCUGUGCUUGCUGUACUCGGUCUCCAACGCACCUUCGCCCCCUACGAAACUCCCGGCACCUCUGGACGACUCCUCGGUGUCAAGAUGGCUUACAUUGCUUGCAACAUGUUGAUGUUGGCAUUGGGUAUAUGGAAGGUUAAUGCUAUGGGACUUUUACCAACGACAAAAUCAGAUUGGCUGGCUUGGGAGAGUGAGAGGAUAUGGUCAGAAAGAGCGGUGCCCAAGGAGUGGCUGUAGACGUUUCCAUGGCCUGGAAUACGUGUUCUAUGGUAUUCUCUUAGUACCAUGAUUGAGAGAGCUUCUGAUGAAAGUCAUUAUCAUGCCCUGUCCUUUUCCAUGCUCAUUCCUGAUCACCUGCCCUUCGCUUCCAAACUCGUGUUGACCCCUCCAACUCAUCUCUUCAUCGCUAUCAUCAAGCAGCGAGAUAGGUACCGUCUCUCGUGGCUCCGCACUACUCAUCUUGCCAUCUGCCAUACUCACAUCCCU